CGUUCCGUACUGCACCGUGUGAACGCUGACGUGGGCUGGUCGCAGUUAGCAUAGUUAGCCUAGCCUAGCCUAGCCUAGCUCAGACAGCUGUGAGUCCGUUAUGAGCGCAGCCGAGCUGAAUAAUUAUAUAAUAAAUAAAGGAAGACUAUUUUAGUUAUUUAGUGAGUUAAAGUCAGUAAAAUGGCGGACUGGGAGGAAAUCCGGCGGCUCGCGGCAGAUUUUCAGAGAGUUCAGUUCACAGAGUCUGUACAGAGGCUGUCAGAGAGGAACUGUAUUGAGAUCAUCACUAAGCUGGUGGAGGAGAAGAAGCUAGACAUCGUUCACACACUCGAUGGAAAAGAGUUCAUCACUCCAUCACAGAUCAGCCGAGAGAUUCGAGAUGAGCUGUACGCACACGGAGGAAGAAUCAAUGUAGUGGAUCUGCAGAAGAUCAUUAACGUGGAUCUGGUCCAUGUGGAGAGCCGAGCGAAUGAAGUGGCCAAAUCAGAGAGAGGAAAUCGGAUCAUUCUGGGGCAACUGAUUAAUGAACAUUACCUGGAACAGCUGUGUGAGGAGGUGAAUGAUAAACUGCAAGAGGCUGGACAGGUGAACAUCACUGAGCUCAGCAAAACACAGCAAUUACCUGCUGAUUUCCUUACACAGGAGCUCAGUGCGAGGGUAGGCCGGAUGAUUGAUGGUCACAUGGAUCAGUUCAGUGGACUGAUCUUCACCCAGAACUUUAUCAACAGACAGAAAGCAAAAAUACGAGGAUUAUUCAGUUCUAUCACCAGGCCGACUCCAGUGAAUAACCUGGUUGGUCAGUAUGGUUUACAAGACAAUCUCUUAUACUCUCUUCUGGAGGAGUUGGUGAACUCAGGCCGUGUCCUUGGCUCGGUAGUUGGAGGUCGUCAGGAUAAAGCCGUGUUUGUUCCUGAUGUUUACUGCAGAGCGCAGAAUGCCUGGGUCGAGUCCUUCCUGACACACAACGCCUACCUUGAGUUUGAGUCUCUGUCCCGGUUGGGAAUUCCUGAUCCAGUGAACUACAUUAAGAAGCGUUUUAAGGACAGGAAGCUGUUGUUCCUGCAAUCGGUGUGUGUGGAAGCAGCCAUAUUGGAUCAGCUGGAGGCCUCAGUGGAGGAAGCCGUCAACUCUGAAACCUGGAUCGAUUUGCAGCUGCUGUUGCCAAGCUGCCUCUCAUUGGACGAUUCAGCGACGUUGAUAAGUCAUGUGAUCCACUCGGUGCAUGCUCAGUCCAGUGCUCGGGUUCUUGGCACUGCUGUCGUCAGCGAGAAGUUCGUUAGCAGCUGCCUGGCGCUUUUCGAUGACAUGAUGCAGCAGAAAGCUCAGACGGAAGUGAAGAGUGACCCUGUACUGUUAUUAACAGAGGAUGAUGUGAAACUGGCACCAGUGAUGGCCGAGAGCUCGAGCGCUAAACGAGACAAACGAGAGGAACGCAGGAAGAAAGCGACAGAGGGCAGUGGCAGUGUGAGAGCAGGCGGAGGAGGAAAUGCCAGAGAGAUCAAAACUCGAAAAACCAAGAAGAAGAACAGGAGAGAAGAAGAGAGUGAUGAUGAGACUGCAACUACACAAAGUAAGCCUGCAGAGCCGGAGUUCCUGUCAGUUCAGGAGAUUGUGGAGGUGUUAGAGAAGCGAGUGUGUGACUGUCCUGAGGAAACGCUGGAGCUCAUUGCACAUGAGCUUGUCAGGCCUUUAUCACGGGCAUACAAGGAGGUGGUGCGUUCAGUUUUCCUGUCCUCCACUUCUGCCUCCACCUCAGCAGGGAAACGCAGACACACGGCUAAAGAGCUGCAGGAGGAAAUUAACACUUUGUACGCUAAUGUUCGAGCGCUAGAGCGGGGGACCAAACACUUCUCAGAUGAUGUUCAACUCCACAUGGUGAAACACAUCCUGAAAUCAGUCUGUUCUGAUCUAACCAAUGCGAUGAUCAGCUUCUUGUCAGAUGAUCACAAGAUCACCAUGGACAAUACCAACCCCAUCACUGCUGAGAUGAGGAUGAAGAUUCUGGCAAAGCUCCCUGAUGAGAUUAAAGCUCCUCUGAUGAAACUGAACAGCAGCCUGAAUGGAAGAAGCAUUGAGGAAUUCCUCUGCAACGUGGAAGCUGCUGCUGAGGAGUGUGGCAUUAUGCUUAAGAAAGGAGACAAGAAAAAAGAGAAACAGGUUCUCUCCAUACAUAAACACUCUCUGAUGGAGCAGUUACAGGCGGCGGUUGACGAGGCGCUUGUUCUGCAUCUUACCGUUUUACUGCUAUUUCAGCAACACACACACUGCAUGCUGCUUGCUCCGGGACGGUGUGUGUCAAGCAUCAUAUACACACUGCAGAGUAAACUCCCACAGGAUCAGUAUGAGCUGUUGAUGCAGUAUCACACUCUGGUGGUGAAGCGGUUGGUGGGGAAGAAAGCCGAGCAGACGAGUGGAGAGAGUGAAGGAUCAGCUGAAGAACUGAACGAGCUAAAGAAUCUCACUAAUGACGUUAAAGAGCUCGUCUUCUCACCCAGGAAAACCUCCACCUCAGACCAAUGAAAUGGAAGAAGGGGCGGAGCCAGUGGGUGGACAAGCGUAAAAGAGGGAGGUGGAGACCGGGGAUGGACGAGAGGGCAUGGCUGAGGGCGUAGACAUGAACAACAAUGACAUGGAUGAGAUUUUUCUGAAAGAAUGUAAUGAACCCUAGAGGAGUGUUAACGUGUAGCCGCUCAGUUGUGUGAUCACAUGUAUAUUCAUCACAUUUCAUUGUUCUACACUGAUUAUUGUGUUAUUAUCUGAUCUUGAGGAUUAAACACAAAAAGAAAAUCUG